UAUGUCCAAAGAGUAGGGCACAGCAGAUUGUAGACGGCAAUGGGACUGCCGGUGUUUUUUAUCUAAUUAAUCUCAAAUCGGUGACAAAAUGGCCGCAGAAAGAGAAGAGAUGUCAUUGAUAGGUGCCUAAGGGAUUCCCACGUUACUUGGUGAGUUAAUGGAAAGAAAAACGGUCUCUGCAGGAAGCCACGUUCAUACAGAGUGUUUAACUUAGCAAAGUGAAGGAACUUUGGUUGUGGCGAAGGAAAAUACCGGAUAACAGGAACUGCGGAGACAGAGAGAUAGCAAACCAUGGAAGACUUCGGAUCCGCGCUGGAAAAAAACGCAUCGGACCUCACGGUAAUGGAUGUAUAUGACAUAGCCGCAAUCGUGGGACAAGAAUUCGAGCGGAUAAUCGAUCAGUAUGGGUGUGAAGUGCUGUCACGUCUCAUGCCCAAAGUGGUCCGGGUGCUGGAGAUCCUCGAGGUUCUGGUUAGUCGAAAUAGCAUCAGCCCUGAAACCGAGGAGCUGCGGCUCGAGCUGGACAGACUGCGGCUGGAGCGGAUGGACCGAAUGGAAAAGGAAAAGAAACACAAAAAGGAGCUGGAGCUAGUGGAGGAUGUGUGGCGGGGAGAGGCCCAGGACCUGCUGACCCAGAUCGCCCAGCUGCAGGAGGAGAAUAAGACCCUGCUAACUAAUCUCUCACUCAAGGAUUCCCCCAUGACUGAGGAGGACCUGCAGAGGCAGGAAGGUAUGUCGGAGAGGGAGCGGCAGGUGAUGAAGAAGCUGAAGGAGGUGGUGGACAAGCAGAGAGAUGAGAUCCGUGCAAAGGACCGCGAGCUGACGCUCAAGAGCGAGGACAUUGAGGCUCUCCAGCAGCAGCAGAACCGGCUGAUGAAGAUCAACCACGACCUGCGGCACAAGAUCACGGUGGUGGAGGCGCAGGGCAAGGCCCUGAUCGAGCAGAAGGUGGAGCUGGAGGCCCUCUCCCAGGCGCGGCAGCAGGAGCUCGGCGGGCUGCGGCAGGAGCUGGCGGAGCUUCGCGAGCGCCUGCAGGGGGAGCCCAAGCACAACGGGGAGGAGCCACUCGCGCUGGCAAAGCUCUCAAAAGCGGCAGCAACAGGGAGCCAGGGUUUGCUUUGCUCAGGCAACAGAGACCCUCCCGAAUUCCUGACGGAGCGCUCUGAGCCAGAGGGGCGCCUCUCCCUCCCCCCUUGCUUUGUGGACCGGGGGGCCGAGGAGCAGGAGGGGGGCGCUGUUCUCGAUGAGGAGGAGCAGGCGGUGUUGUUAUGGGAGGCACUGUGUGAGGAGGACCUGGCGGGAGAGAGGGACGCUCAGGACCCGAAAGACCCCAAUCGACCCCGUUUCACCCUCCAAGAGCUGCGGGACGUCCUGCACGAGAGGAAUGAGCUCAAAGCCAAAGUGUUCAUGCUGCAAGAGGAGAUCGCAUAUUACAAAAGUGAGGAGGCAGAGGAAGAGACGGGCUCCUCUACGCCAACCCCCUCCCCCGUGCUGCGGGCCCGCCCCCGCCCAAACACCCAACCAGAGUCAGGGAUCAAGCGCCUGUUUAGUUUCUUCUCCAGAGACAAGAGGCGGAGCUCCCAGAGGAACGUCCAGUUUGGCGACAGCUUUGGCUCAUGGGCGGGGAAGGACGACGUGUACACAGAGCAGGCCCAGGAGGCCCUGCAGCACCUUUAGACGUGGACACUGAUGAACACGUGGCCCUCAGAUCCCGUGCCUGCUGCACUUACACCACUAGGGUCAGCUUCUACACUCCCGUAAAGGCAAAAACAGCACCCCCCCAACCCCAGCCACAAGCAACAACAACCAUCAGGAGGGGGUGCGGAGGCAUCAGGCAGCUUCAGUAGUACUGUUAGUUUUUAAAAUGUCAGCUCUGGUAAAAAGCUGUGGGAUAUGAUGGGGUGAAUGUGAUGGUGCGGCUCCUGGCAUACGAAUGUAGGGCUUCAAGCUGAAAGUGCAAAGUGGGUUGAGUGAGGAACACAGAUUAAGAAAUGCCUGAAAGCGUCUGCCAAGAAACCACAUCUGAAGUAUAGAAGUCCAGUCCUAAGACAGGAACCAAAGGACAGGUCCACAGAGGUGGGCUCUCAGUGCAGUGCAGUCAGAGUGAAAGCGUAGUGAGAGGAAUAGGGGGUCACUCCUUACCGGUUAACAGUAGAAUGAAACUGAGCGGAAACAGUAGAAAGACUUGUUGGAAAUGAAGAUCUUGAGGCAAGCAUUGUUUAACGUAAGAUGCAAGAACAGCAUUGAGACAGUGCGAGAGUCGGUCAUGAAG